GGAUCCCAUGUGGAAUGGUGUAAACAGCUGAUAGCUGCAACCAUUUCUAGUCAGAUUUCAGGGUCUGUCCCAUCAGAAGGUGUGUCCAGAGACUACAGGGAGAUUCAGGAUGGACACAAUGGCUAUCAUUCUGAAGCAGAACCUGAUCAGGCACUGCGGGAUGGAAACAAACUAGCACAGAUGGAAGAGGCUCCACUUUUUCCUGGAGAAUCAAUCAAAGUUAUUGCUAAAGAUGUUAUGUAUAUCUGUCCAUUUAUGGGAGCAGUCAGUGGUACGCUAACAGUGACGGACUUCAGAAUGUAUAUCAAAAGUGUUGAGAGGGAUCCACCUUUUGUUGUUGAUGUUCCCCUUGGAGUCAUAAGUAGAGUUGAAAAAAUUGGAGUACAGAGCCACGGAGACAACUCAUGUGGUAUAGAAAUAGUUUGCAAGGAUAUGAGAAACUUGCGGCUGGCCUAUAAACAGGAAGAGCAAAACAGAUUGGAGAUUUUUGAAAACCUUGUAACACGCGCAUUUCCCGUUUCUAAUGGGCUGCCUCUUUUUGCAUUCAGCUAUAAAGAAAAGUUUGCUGUUAAUGGCUGGAAAGUGUAUGAUCCAAUGGCUGAAUAUAAGAGGCAGGGCUUGCCCAAUGAGAGUUGGAAAAUAUCCAAAAUUAACAGCACCUAUGAGCUUUGUGAUACAUAUCCUGCUAUUCUUGUUGUGCCAACCAGUGUAAAGGAUGAUGACCUCUCAAAAGUGGCAGCAUUUAGAGCAAAAGGCAGAGUUCCAGUGUUGUCCUGGAUUCAUCCUGAGAGCCAAGCAACAAUAACAAGAUGCAGUCAGCCAUCGGUAGGCCCAAAUGAUAAGCGUUGCAAAGAAGAUGAAAAAUAUUUGCAGACAAUAAUGGAUGCCAAUGCUCAGUCGCAUAAACUGAUCAUCUUUGAUGCCAGACAGAAUAGCGUUGCAGAUACAAACAAGGCAAAAGGUGGAGGAUAUGAAAGUGAAAGUGCCUACCCAAAUGCAGAGCUGGUCUUUCUGGAAAUUCAUAAUAUACACGUAAUGAGAGAAUCCCUGCGUAAACUUAAGGAAAUAGUUUAUCCUACGAUUGAUGAGACUCGGUGGUUAUCAAAUGUGGACUCCACACAUUGGCUGGAAUAUAUAAGGAUGCUUCUUGCCGGAGCAGUAAGAAUUGCGGAUAAAAUUGAAUCUGGUAAAACAUCUGUAGUGGUUCAUUGCAGUGAUGGUUGGGAUCGAACUGCACAGCUCACUGCGUUAGCUAUGCUUAUGCUGGACAGCUAUUACAGAACUAUCAAGGGGUUUGAAGUUCUUAUAGAGAAAGAAUGGAUAAGUUUUGGACACCGAUUUGCAAUGCGAGUAGGACACGGAGAUGAUGAUCAUGCUGAUGCAGACAGAUCUCCCAUUUUCCUUCAGUUCAUUGACUGCGUUUGGCAAAUGACAAAGCAGUUUCCCGCAGCCUUUGAAUUCAAUGAGUUAUUCUUGAUCACUAUUCUGGAUCACCUUUAUAGUUGUCUCUUUGGAACUUUCUUAUGCAACUGUGAAAAAGAGAGAUUAAAAGAGGAGGUAAGCACAAAGACUCUAUCGCUGUGGUCCUACAUAAACAGCCAGUUAGAUGAGUUCACAAAUCCUUUCUAUGUAAACUACGAAAACCAUGUCCUGUAUCCUGUUGCCAGUCUGAACCAUUUGGAACUGUGGGUGAAUUACUACGUCAGAUGGAACCCAAGGAUGCGGCCUCAGGUUCCAAUCCAUCAAAAUCUUAAAGAGCUCCUCGCCAUCCGGACAGAGCUUCAGAAGAAGGUUGAAGAUUUGCAGCGGGAAGCUGCUACACGAUCCAUUUCUUCCUCCUCUGAUAGAGGUUCAUCUCCUUCCCAUUCAGCCACACCGGUGCACACCUCUGUGUGAUGUGUAACAAAAGCCAUGUGAAAAAAUUUGUCAGGUGAUACAGAGAGGAGGGUGAAGUGCUUUUCCCAUCACAAAAGGGUUGUGAGUGACUUGUAAUUGCUAUGAUCUACAUGCCUUACUCUGUCUCUGAUAUUGUCAUGAUGAGGCCAAAAAGAGCUUCAAUAGAUGUGAUGUAUUUUCUUGUUGGCAGUACCCACAUGUGUUUUGACAUCUCUAGCUAAAUCACCAAUUGUGAAAUUAAACUUUGUUUUGAGCAACUAACAAUUUAACCAUCCUAAAAAGGAAUCCAUCUGCCAAGCAGACAGAAAAAUGCCUCUCACGCUGCCUAGGGUAC